UUGAACUAUCUUUUUCCAGGGAUUCCUUACCGACGUGGGUAUUUGUUGUAUGGCCCGCCUGGAUGUGGGAAAAGUAGUUUCAUCACAGCGCUGGCUGGAGAGCUGGAAUACAGCAUCUGUCUGAUGAGCCUGAGUGACAGGAGCCUGACGGACGACCGACUCAAUCACCUGCUCAGCGUGGCACCCCAGCAGAGCAUCGUCCUAUUGGAGGAUGUGGAUGCGGCAUUCGUCAACCGGGACUUGGCCAAAGAAAACCCUACGAGGUACGAAGGAAUGGGCCGUCUGACGUUCAGCGGUUUGCUAAACGCACUCGAUGGUGUGGCCUCUGCUGAGGCAAGGCUCGUGUUCAUGACCACAAACCACCUGGACAGGUAGAUCUCGAUUGAUCUUUAUUCCCCUUCAUUGGAGAAAUACAGAGUAAAACUCCAACAUCAGCCGGGAUUGAAUCAUCACUGACACUCCCUUUCUCCCCUCCACACA